GGCGCCUGCGCAAUGGGCCGGCCGUGGGGGGCGGGAAGCGCUUCGCGGCAGCGGAGCCCAUGUCGGCCCUGAGGCGCUCGGGCUACGGCCCCAGUGACGGCCCUUCGUACGGCCGCUACUAUGGGCCCGGGGGUGGCGAUGUCCCGGUGCACGUACCUCCGCCCUUAUACCCUCCUCUUCGGCCCGAGCCUCCCCAGCCUCCAGUUUCCUGGCGAGGGCGCGGGGGCGCCCCGGCCGAGACCACCUGGCCCGGAGAAGGCGCAGGUGGCGAUGCCUACUACCCCUCCGGAGCCGCCUGGGCAGAGCCGAGCAGAGCCGGAGGCGCACACCAGGAACAAUCACCAUACCCUGGCUAUAAUUCCAACUACUGGAAUUCUGUGCGACCGAGGGCUCCAUACCCAAAUGCAUAUCCUGUGAGACCAGAGUUACAAGGCCAGAGUUUGAAUUCUUAUACAAAUGGAGCAUAUGGUACACCAUACCCUCCUGGCCCUGGACCAAAUACUGCCUCAUACUCUGGGGCUUAUUAUGUACCUGGCUAUACUCAAAGCAAUUACUCCACGGAAGUUCCAAGCACUUACCGUUCACCUGGGAACAGCCCAACCCCUGUCUCUCGUUGGAUAUAUUCCCAGCAGGACUGUCAAACAGAAGCGCCUCCUCUCAGGGGUCAGGUUCCAGGAUAUCCUACUUCACAGAACCCUGCAAUGACCUUGCCUCAUUAUCCUUAUGGAGAUGGUAACCGUACUGUGCCACAGUCAGGAGCAACUGUACGACCACAAGAUGAUGCAUGGGCUUCUGGUGCUUAUGGUAUGGGGACCCGUUACCCCUGGCCUUCAGCUGCACCCUCAGCACCAUCUGGGAAUCUCUACAUGACAGAAAGUGCUUCACCCUGGCCUGGCAACAGUUCUCCUCAGCAACCUCCUUCACCACCACCCCAACAACCCAAGGAUCCCUCGUACUCCUAUAACCAGUCGGGCCAAAGCGUGAACCGGCACAGCUUUCCGUGCAGUGUCCAUCAGUAUGAGUCUUCAGGAGCAAUGAACAAUGAUAAUUCAGACCUUUUGGAUUCUCAAGUCCAAUACAGUGCUGAGCCUCAGUUGUAUGGUAAUGCUGCCAGUGACCAUGCCAGCAAUCCAGUUCAGAGUAAUAAUCUCCCUGAAGAGUGUUUUUCUUCAGGUGAAGGUACACCUCCAAGUAUUAAAAAAAUCAUACAUGUGCUGGAAAAGGUUCAGUAUCUUGAGCAAGAAGUAGAAGAGUUUGUAGGAAAAAAGACAGACAAAGCAUACUGGCUUCUGGAAGAGAUGCUGACAAAGGAACUUUUAGAACUAGAUUCUGUUGAAACUGGAGGCCAGGACUCCGUCCGUCAGGCCAGAAAAGAGGCUGUCUGUAAGAUCCAGGCCAUACUGGAGAAAUUAGAGAAAAAGGGAUUAUGAAAUAAUUUGUAAUGAAGGGUAACCCUGUUACUAAUUUGGCCAAAGAACUCUUGAAUUUGGUUAGUUACCGUCUUUUGAAAUCCUGUUGUGACAAGAAGCAACACAUUCCAACUUCUGACCUAAAACUUGAAAGGAAAAGAAGCUGAGAAGCUGGCAGAGGAAUGGACGAACACAUUAUGGGGCUCUUUGCGGUUUUCAGAUCACUGAACAUAACAAGGAAACUGGAAUUAUCAGUAUUACCAAGUAGACCCACUCCUGAAGAAAUCCAUGGGCAUCUCUAGGCUGCUUCUUAUCAGCAGGAGGGAAAUAGACUUUAUGUAACAGGUUAUCAAAACAUAAUCCGAGACAAGCAGGCUGUUUUGUAUGCAUCUAGACUGUCACAUUUUUGUGCAUUGUGACUGCAUAUACUUCAUGUGUAAAUUAUAGCUUAGACUCUUGACCUCUGUUUUGUUUGUUAUCUGCAGUUCACAAAUGUAAUAUUAUUCUACUUCUUGGUACAUUUUGUAGUAAUAUGUUUAAAAUAAUCAAAUACUGGCAGCCAGAUAAAUGGGCAGUUCUGAACAAAUUCAUACCCUUUCACCACUUGAAUCUAUUGUAGUGUGUAGUGAGCUCCUGAAGUCAAUCAUUUCUCUCUGUUUUGUGUAGCAUGUUAUGUUAGAGAUCUUCCCACUUCUGCUUUUCAUAGUAGUUGGGAAGGUGAAUUUGGAAAUUACAUUAACAUAAGAAUGACAAUGUUUGUGGACGUUUUACUUCUUUGCUUUUUUUGUUGUAUUUGGAUAAAGAUCCACUUUUGAAAUUGCUUUUUUUAGAAAAAUAUCUUUGGCUAUUGCUGCUUCUAUAGAGAGCCGUAUGAUAGAAACAUAAAAAACCUAAAUGCCACAGUUAGUAUAAAGAGUGACUGCAAAAGGCAACAAAUAUGACUAUUUAAUAAUACUGUUCUCCAUUUAAUAGUUUCUAUGGGACAGAUUUGAGCUCAGUUUAUAGUUGAUAGAAGGAAAAGGAGACUCAUGCUCAGGGAAUGAGUCAGCUAUAGCUAAAGUAGGAAAUUCAUUGUUUUAUCUUAAAUUCGCUCUUUAUUUCAUAGGAUAAAUUACAUAGAAUUGCUUAUUUCAUAAGAAAUAUGUUAUUUAUUAUUAAUAACAGUCGAUUUGUUAAACCAAAUUUAAGAAAGGGGCCUUUCUUGGUUAUCCAUAUAUGUUGUUAUACAGAGACAGGUAAAUAAUUUACCUUUUAAAUCUAAAGUGAGGUCUAGCAUACAGUAUCUGCUUUUGCAACAAAAGCAGUUUCUUAGUAAAAUAUCAAAGUGAUACUUGUUUUCUAGACUAGCAGACCUUUAUGUUAGUGAUACUAAACCUAUAGCCAUCUCCCUUCUAAUUACAUAGAACCAAACCGAUGCCAACAUAUAAUAAGUAGAAAUGUAGUAAAAAUAUUGUAUGGAUGCUGGGGAUGUUGCUAAGUUAAUAGAGUGUUUGCCCAACAUACAUGAAGUCCUGGGUUAAAUCCCCAGUAUUGCAUAAACCAGGCAUUAGUGGUACGUAACUGUCUCAGCAUUUGGGAGGUGGAGGCAGGAAGAAGAUUGCAAGCGACAUCCUCAGCGACAAAAUGAAUUCAAGGCCAAGGCCACUCUGAGCCAUAUGAGAUCCUGUCUCAAAAAACUAAAAGGAUAAGUGAUUCAAGAUGUGAUUAUUUUAUCCAGGAGGCUGUUGUUUUUAACGAUUUUAUUUAGCUGGGUUUGGUGGUAUACAUUUUUAAUCCAGGCAGAGGUGGGUAGAUCUCUUGAAUUCAAGGUCAACCUGGUCUACAGAGAGGUUCCUGAUCAUCCAGGGCUACAUAGUAGCACACAUGCUCUAUCUUCUUUCUUUCUUUCUAUCUAUCUAUCUAUCUAUCUAUCUAUCUAUCUAUCUAUCUAUCUAUCUGAUGUGUGUGUGCACACAUGUGUGUGUUUUAUAACAAGUUUUAUUUUUGAAACAGAAUUUUGUGCCAGGUUGGCCUUAAACUUGGUAUUUAGCCUGGGACAACCUGAAAGUCCUGAUCUUCUGCCUCACCUUUCUAUUACAGGUUUGUGCCUGGGUUAUGUGGUGCUGAGACUCAAACUCAGGGCUGUGUAUAUGCUAGGCAAGCACUGUACUGAGCUACAACUGUAGUCCUGAUUCUCUUAUUUUUGGGCUAAUACGGAAAUGUUUUUACCUCUAACCCCAGCAUUCAGAGGCAAGUGGAUGGGUCUCUGAUUCUGAGACCACUUUGGUCUACAUAGUAAAUGCCAGGCUAGCCAAUAGUGAGACCUAACCACCCUCAAAGAAAAAAGUUUUCUAUAAAAACAUGACAAGUAUACUUAAAAGUAUAAGAGGAGAAACCUUAAUGCCAUGUUGCCAUCGAGACACUGAUAGAUACAGAAGAACACAGUUUUGCUUAACUUAUGCUGCCCAAGUUGCCAAUUUCUGCAUUCUUCAUUUUUACGUAUUAUACACGUUAUGCACAAAUGUACAUACAUGUGUAUAUAUCUUAAGUUAUUUUUUGAACUAUUAACAUGAUUUUAAACUUACAGAAGAGCUGUAAAAAAUAGCUUUCCUGUGUACCCUCCAUCUAUCUUCCCCUUGUUCUGACUUGUUCCCUAACUAAAACAUUUGUCACAAUUGAGAGUUAAUCUUUUAUAGUGCUGUUAAUACUAGCUAAAGUAGCAAGCUAAUAGUAAAUAUUUUAUUGAUCUUUUUAUUAGCAUCCUCUUCACUGUACCAGAUCCCAUUUCACAUUUAGUUCUGUCUGAGUAGUCUUUCCCUCUGUGACACUGUAUCAUAAGGAUAGCUGGUGUUGUCAUGUAUUUCCUGUGUGGUUCACUUUGAGCACUCUGCUGAGGUGGCGUCUGCUAGGAUUUACUACUGUAAGCUUACCCUGCUUUCCUUUGUAAUUACUGAGUAUGACUAUGCAACUGUCCUGUUUCUGCUUAGAAUUUGCCUCUCCUGUCUCCUGGCAGAUCUUGCUUGUGGCAUUUACUACUGUGGUGUUCAAAUGGUGAUUUUUCUAUUUCUUUCAUUUCUUCUAUAUUUAAUAACUGGAAUUCUUCUGGAAGGAAGAACUGUGGAUUCUGGAUUUAUAUUUUUAAUUAUAUCAAGAUAUUGAAGAUAGGUACGAACUCAGAACUUAAAGAUAUAAACCAUGAUAAUUGAUUGCAAAUGGCCAGUAUCAAAGAAAAAAGCAAUGUUAGUGACCUGUCUUUGAAAAUAUAAUGAAUUUAAGAAUGAAAAUAAUAUUUAUGAUUUGUAAAAUUUGUUUGACUUUUGACUUAAAAUUGAUUUGAAAUGAAACACUUUUCUUUUGAAAUUUUACAUCUAGACUUUUUUAAGGUGUCUAAAUUUAUAUUACUUUGGGGAUCAUUUUUUGUCAAAUCUUGAAUAAAGUUACCUACAUCUGGCAUGAUAAACACA